CUGCCCUCUAGUGGUAGAGAAAUAAUUGUUCUACCCAUUAUUCACGCUGAUCGCUUAGAGUACUAAUGAGUUGGAACCAGAUAAUCUCCCACAGCACACCUGAUCAUUUCUCACAGCACACCUAUGUUUGGGAAACACUGCCUCAGACGGCUAUGACCUGGACAACUGCGAACCUUCGCAGACUUAAGAAAAAGUCUGAGUGCAGGGAAAAAGCCAAGUCAGGUCCCUCAUUAUACAGUAGUUACAAGUCAGUGACUCAUCCCUCGACUAUCUUGAAAACUUAAAACCUCGUUCUGAAUCCGAGAGACCUCAGGGGUCGUUGGAAAUCUUGAAGUGUGACCACGACUUUUGGAAAAGAGGAAAUAACCUGAAUAUAAAAUGAGAUAUUACUAAAGGACAGAACAAGAUUGAUGAUGGUCCUCACCUUUAUUAUUUUGGACAGGUGAACACACAAAUGUAUUACUAAGCCCAUCCAAGAACAGCAGUUGAUAGCUCACACAUAACAUUUACAUGUCAUUAUAGAGAAUGGAGGUUGCUGGAGCAGAACAGAUGAAAUCCCUGCAGCUGUGUUAUGUCAUAUAUCAUCUCUGUGUUAACAGAGUGUAAAGGCGGUGGGAAUACGAACGUGCAAUUAAACAUAUAACGCCAGCUACCCUCUUAACAACCUGUGCAGCCUAACUGACAAUCAUACAGAAAGAUCCACUUGAAGACAAGAGUAUAAAAAAGGCAAACCACGCUAUUUUAUUAGCUUAUUUAACAGCGCCGUAAAAUGAUAACGGGCCCGUUACAGUUUUACCAACACCGUGUUUUGCAUGGAGCCGUAUUCUGCCCUGUAAAAUUUUCCCAACAUUUGCCUUUUCCAUCCAGCAGCUGCAUGUCAACAAGGACCUGUGCCUGAGUUGUUAGCGCUUCUGCUAUCAUGCUUUAUUGUGUCACACAAAAUCUGGUGAAAUGGGCCAUGAUACAGUAAAAUGUGCUUUCAUGAGCUGCUUAGUUUGAGGGCACGGAUACUGUUGUGGCAGCCGCUUUCAUCACGUCUCCUAUUAUUAACCGUAGGGUGCAUUUUGCAGGGAAUGAUACUGUGUACUGGACAGACAUGGGACUGAACAGAAUAUCCCGAGCCAAACGUGACCAGACCUGGAGGGAGGACGUCAUUACCACCGGCAUCAGCCGUGUGGAAGGCAUUGCUGUUGACUGGAUCGCUGGCAACCUUUACUGGACAGACCACGGUUUCAAUCUAAUUGAAAUCUCUCGCCUGAAUGGUGCAUAUCGCUCAGUGGUCAUAUCAGAAGGACUCGAUCAGCCCAGAGCCAUCGCUGUACAUCCACAGAAGGGAUAUCUGUUCUGGACCGAGUGGGGUCAGAACCCCUGCAUCGGCCGUUCCCGCCUGGAUGGAUCAGACCAGGUUACCCUGGUCAGCUCGGGCAUCACGUGGCCCAAUGGAAUUUCCAUAGACUAUGAGGAAAAUACAUUAUAUUGGUGCGACGCACGCACGGAUAAGAUCGAGAGGAUCAACCUUGAGACCGGUGAGAGCCGGGAGAUUGUACUGUCAAUGGCCAACGUAGACCUGUUCUCCGUGGCCGUGUUUGGGCCUUACAUCUACUGGUCUGACAGGGCCCACUCGAACGGUUCAAUCCGACGAGGCUUGAAGACGGAUCCCAGUGAGGCUGUGACCAUGAGGAGCGGUCUAGGGGUUAAUUUGAAAGAUGUGACGGUCUUCACCAGAGGCAGAGAAAAAGGCACCAACCCCUGUGCCAGAAGUAACGGAGGCUGCCAGCAGCUGUGCUUCCACCUGGGCAGCGGUCGCCGGACCUGCUCCUGUGCACACGGGCGCUUGGCAGAGGAUGGCUUUGCCUGCGAGCGCUAUGAAGGUUAUCUACUCUACUCUGAAAGGACUAUCCUGAAAAGCAUCCACCUUUCUGAUGAAAAUGACCUCAACUCACCCGUGCAGCCUUUUGAAAAUCCCGCUUUUUUCAAGAAUGUCAUAACACUGGCCUUUGACUACAGUCAGGAGACAGCUGGAGCCAACCGCAUCUUUUUUAGCGAUGUCCAUUUUGGAAAUAUCCAGAUGAUUAACGACGACUGGACGGGAAGAUCCAUCAUCGCAGAAAGUAAGUGGAUUCCAUAUUGACAGCGUUUCUGUUAUUUUAUGUCAUCUAACAAGUCCUCUGUGGGAAGCUGUAGGUCCACCACAGACGUUGAAGAGUGUGGUUUUCUGCAGUGUGGAUUAGCCGUAUUUGUCACACCGCGUCUUUGCUUGGUGUGUUUUCAGUCGGCAGUUUCAUGUGCCUGACAUCUGGAAGCUUGCACUUUAUGCACAGAGCUGCAUGUUUGUACACUCACUAAUUUAUCCGUCCUCACCUGUACCUGUUUUGGCUGUCUGCUGGGUUGCAAGCCAUGAAAAUGUAGUUUGACUGUAAAGUGGCACCGUGGCCGACGCUGCUCCGAUGAUCCGUCUGCUUGGAGGAAAUAGUGCAUCUUUCUCCUGUAGUUAGGAAACAGGGUUGUUAAGAAAUCAGUGUAGCACUGAUGUACAUCAAGAGGGGCAUUUCUUCUUCAAUCAGUUUUUUUACUCUUUUACUCCUUUGAAAAGACCGAAUCAGCCUGGUUUAAAUGAACUAUGUUCCAAGCUUUCUGCACACUGACUGAACAUGGACCGAUCUGCAGUCUGACUGGAGUCAGAUGAGCAGCAGAAAGUCUCCGUUCUGCACAGCUCGCGUCCUCUGGCAUUCAGUGACGUUUCCACAGGGAGCAGAGCUCAGCACCUUUCCACCGCCCCCUCGCACGGAGAGGCUGGCACAGUGUUACUGAGCCACUCUCACCCACCCCCGACCCAUCUUUAGCGCUCCUGCUGAGGGAGCUUUCUGCUUAUUUAUUUAUCUUCUAGAAAUGAACAAGCGUUACCAAGAACCAUCUGUCAGGAUUUGUAAGUGUCCUUCACACCUUCAAACUUGUGAAAUGCAUAAUGAAAGUGGUGAUAAUAAUAAUAAUGCACGACAAUACCACUGGAAACAAGCUCUUUUGAUGCAGCCACAGUGCACAGAGAAAUACCAUCCUGUGGCCCUGCUGGUUCCUAAUGAGUUUGUUUGUGUGUUGAUUAAAAGCAGCACAUCCACCUGCUCCGUACUUCUUUUCAUGGACCACGUUUAGGCAGCGGUGGAUCUACUUCUGCAGUAUCUUCUCUUUUAUUCUAAAAGUUUCUGCCUGAAUCCUGUCAUUGAGGAAAGGUGAAGAUGUUAAUCAUCUAUAUUUCCCUAAUUAAACUCUGUGUCCCCCAUUAAUUAGUCCCUCGCCUGGCCAACAAUUUGAGAGAAACUCCAAGCUGCCAGACGGCUUUUAUUGCAAGCUAUUAAUUAGUGGUCGGCUGACUCAGGUAGAGUCUUAAGUAUUCUGGAGUUUGGUUUAUGGGUUUUUAUAUACUGGGGUGCAGCCAGAUUAACUCAUACUGGCCACAUGUUUGCCAUUCAGACAGUUAGAAUUGGCUCUGACAGACAAAAGCGUGACGGGAAAAAUCACGAGACAAUCGUUUGACAACUGAAUUACUUUAAUGUUCACUUAAUUAAUGUUUGUAUCUUAGCUGUUCUUGAUGGAGCCCAUCAGAGGUCUCGUACCUGCAAUCUGCUGGAGCUGCACUUCCACUGUUUGGGUUAGAAUAAUAAUAAUGGAUUGCAUUUAUAUACCACUAUUCAGUCACUCUCACAUUCACACACUGGUGGAGGCAGCUACAGGUGUAGCCACAGCUGCCCUGGGGCAGACUGACAGAAGCGAGGCAAUCAGCCCCUCUGACCAUCAUCAGUAGGCGGCAGGUGAAGUGUCUCGCCCAAGGACACAACAACCGAGACUGUCCGAGCCGGGGCUCGAACCGGCAACCUUCCGAUUACAAGACCAACUCCCAACUCGGUCGCUCCUAAUGCUCCUGUCACCAUUGGUCCCACGUUGGACUUUGCACAUCUGCUCCAGCUGUUCCUUCAGCCCCUGGUACUCCUUUAUUUUCUCUCUAAUGUUGCUGGGAUUUGCACGUCUAUAUUAACUACAGUCUUCUGCUCCUUGUCAGCUGCCACUAUGCCUGGUUGGCUGACAAUGAGCUGCUUAUCUGUCUGAAACUUGAAGCCCCCCCCCGGGACUUUGGACUGUUGUUCUCGACCACCUUUGGUGGCGUCUCCUAUCGGGACUUGGGAACAUCUGAGACACAUAGUCCAUAUGUGGCACAGAUGUUUCUGUACAGCAGCGCUUAGUUUCACGGACCGGCCUUUAAGGUGUGGCGGAUAAAUACAAAAUAAAAUGAUAG